AUGGAUGUAGCGGUGCCUAAGCCUGGUCAAUGGCCGGUUGAUCCCCAGGAGGACGAGGAAAUCCGAAAAGAUCGCAUCUGGGUUGACGGCUGCUUCGACUUCACUCAUCACGGUCAUGCUGGCGCACUGAGACAGGCCCGUCAGCUAGGCAAAGAGCUCUACAUUGGACUACACUCGGAUGAGGAAAUCUUGGAGAAUAAAGGACCGACGGUCAUGACAUUGGAUGAGCGAAUUGCCGCCUGCGACGCUUGUCGAUGGACUACCAAAGUCAUUCCCCACGCUCCCUAUGUGACAGCCUUGCCGUGGAUCUCCCACUAUGGGUGCUGGUAUGUCGCCCACGGCGAUGACAUCACCUCUGAUGCCGGCGGCGAGGAUUGUUACCGUUUCGUCAAGGCCGCUGGCCGCUUCCUUGUCUUCAAAAGAACGCCUGGAAUAUCCACCACCGACCUGGUUGGCAGGAUGUUACUGUGUACUAAGACGCACUUCAUCCGGUCCUUAACGGACGAACUACAGGGUAAGAGUGACGGUGUGGUCGAUCCAACCAAGGUCGCUGCUGGGGCCGAGAUGCUCGAGAGAAUCCAAGACUACGCCAUGGACGAAACAGCCUCGAAGCCUGGCGCCGAAGUAUGGACUUGGGCUAGCACUCAGGUGAAGAAGCUAGGAGAGCAAGAAGCCGACGAUGCUGGGACUUUCGAGAAGAUUGUUCCUGGAAGGGGCCCGAAACCUGGUCAACGUGUAGUCUAUGUGGACGGCGGCUUCGAUCUCUUCUCCUCGGGGCAAAUCGAGUUCCUCAAGCGAGUCAACCAAGCAGAGAACUUCGAGGCCUACGUGGUCGCUGGUGUUCACAACGAUGACGUGAUCAACCAUUGGAAGGGCCUCAACUAUCCCAUCAUGAAUAUCUUCGAGCGCGGGCUUUGCGUCUUGCAAUGCCGUUUCAUUCACGCGGUGGUGUUUGGAGCUCCAUUCUCUCCUUCAAAGGCAUACCUGGAAGCGAUACCUGUGGGAAAGGUUGCUGCAGUAUAUCACGGUCCGACCACGUUCAUGCCUUCGACCUUUGACCCAUACGUCGACGCGAAGGAGAUGGGCAUUUUCCAUCAGAUCGAAGGUCACCCUUACUCCCAUGUCAAUGCUGCCGAGAUCGUUGGUCGCAUCAUGAAGGGCAGGGAAGCCUUUGAGGAGCGCCAACGACGCAAGGGCGAAAAAGCUGUCGGAGAAGAAGCUGUCCGACAGCGAGAGAUCCUCGAGCAAAAGCAGGCUGCUUUGGAGGCGGAAAGACGGGCUGCGAUGGAAUGA